AUGCAAUUCACCACCAUCCUCUCCCUGGUCGCCAGCGUCUCUCUGGCCUCUCUAGCCUCAGCGACCGUCCUCGGCUCCUGCCCCAGCCCCUCCGAACACAGCGGGACCAUCUUCCUCACCGACAGGACCGACUGCAACGUCUUCUACAUCUGCGGCAACGACGGACCCGUCAAAUUCAACUGCGCCGCCGGCCUGCACUUCAGUCCAUCCACCUGGGUCUGCGAUUACCCCGUCAGCGCUGGCGUCUCUCUGGCCUCUCUGGCCUCGGCAACCGUCCUCGGCUCCUGCCCCAGCCGCUCUGAGCACACCGGGACCAUAUUCCUCACCGACAAGACCGACUGCAACGCCUUUUACAUCUGCGGCAACGAUGGGCCCGUCAAGUUCACUUGCGCCUACGGCCUGGCCUUCAGCCCGACUAGGUUGGUCUGCGAUUAUCCCGCCAACGCUGGAUGCAGGAAAUAG